UUUGUUGUUAUCAGCUCGGAUAUUUGUAAAUGCGUGUACUUUUGUCGGCGUAAUUGAUUUGUGCACCAUGAUCGAGUGAGCAGCGAGGUAUCCACGGAUUGCGUAUUCCUAAUUUUCCGACUGACUCAACACAUCCGGAACGCGUGACGUGUUUGCAUUUUCGGUGCAUUUCUGGAUACCUACUAAUUGAAUUAGUGCAAGGUCGACCAUGUCGGCAGUAGCCAUAGCCAUAAAUGCAGCCAUUUCGGGCGCUGCCUACUGCAUGACGGUGCGGAUGAUUCCCCGCUUCCGCGAGAUGUUCAUCAAGGCCAAUCUCUUUGGCAACGAUCUGUGCAAGAAGGACAAGCCACAGGUACCCGAGUCCUUUGGCGUCCUGAUUGGCUGUGUGUUCCUCGUCUCCUUGUUUCUGUUCAUACCCAUUCCCUUUGCCUUCGAUGAGGCGGCUGCCACGGAUGCGGUUACCGGCGGAAAGCCAGACACCUUUCCACACGACAAGUUCGUGGAAUUGAUUGCCGCCCUGCUGUCCAUCUGCUGCAUGAUCUUUCUGGGCUUUGCCGACGACGUUUUGGAUCUGCGUUGGCGCCACAAACUGCUAUUGCCCACCAUCGCCACGUUACCACUGCUCAUGGUGUACUAUGUCAACUAUAACUCCACCACGGUCAUCAUGCCGAACUUUGCGAGGCAUCUGUUUGGAACCUCUUUGAACAUUGGUGUCCUAUACUAUGUCUUUAUGGGAAUGUUGGCGGUGUUCUGCACAAAUGCCAUCAACAUCCUGGCGGGCAUCAACGGUCUGGAAGUGGGACAGUCAUUGAUCAUUGCGGGCUCCAUUUUGCUGUUCAAUGGCAUUGAAUUGUUCCUGGGCCAUCAGGUGGAUUCGCAUAUAUUCUCCAUUUAUUUUAUGCUGCCAUUCCUGGCAACCACUCUGGCGCUCUGGAAGUUCAACAAAUAUCCAUCGCAGGUGUUUGUUGGAGACACGUACUGCUACUUUGCGGGCAUGACCUUCGCCGUGGUCGGCAUCCUGGGGCAUUUCAGCAAGACCCUGCUCCUGUUCUUCCUGCCACAGAUCCUGAACUUCCUGUACUCCACCCCGCAGCUGUUCCACUUUGUGCCCUGUCCCCGCCACCGGCUGCCCAAGUACGACAGCAAGACGGAUCUGCUGCACAUCAGCACCACGGAGUUCCGAUUGGAGGAUCUCAACACUCCGGGCCGUCUGAUGGUCACAGUCCUGCGGAAUUUGCGACUGAUUAGCUGGCACACCAAAGCGGACGGAGUCGUCAGGACCAACAACUUCACCCUCAUUAACUUUGUGCUGGUCGUCUUUGGACCGGUCCAUGAGCGAGUGGUUACGCAGAUGCUGAUGGGCUUCCAGAUGCUGUGCACACUGAUUGCCCUGACCAUUCGCUACCCGCUGGCCAACUACUUCUACGCUAAAACUUAACCCUCUCGAUCCUGUUCCUCAUUGAGUAUAGUGUACAUUGUAGUAAGCCUUUGCUAAGUUAACUUUACAAACAGAAUUCUUGUAUUUAAUGCCUACACAAUAUAUUUUCCGAAAGUAAAUCAUAUUAACACGUCAAUAAACAACCAAGCGAGUUGAA